GGGGAUGAAUAAUUCACCGCCUGGAAACAAAACCUCCGGCCUCAAAACCGCUCGGCACCUGCUGCCGGGGCCCGGCGCGGGAAACGUGCCAGGAGGGGCUGGGGAGCCCGGAGCGCUCGGGCUGCUCCGCCUCUGCCUCUGCCUCUGCCUGGCCGGCGUCCUCCUGGCCCCGGGCUGCCGGGGGGCGCAGGGCAGGUUCGCCUACAAGCUGCUCCACGAACUGUUCGCCAACUACUCGAGCGCCCUGCGGCCCGUGGAGGACACGGACCGGGCGCUCAACGUCACCCUGCAGGUCACCCUGUCCCAGAUCAUCGACAUGGACGAGAGGAACCAGGUGCUCACCUCGUACCUGUGGGUGCGCCAGGCCUGGCUGGACGCCCACCUGACCUGGGACAAGGACGACUACGGCGGCAUCGACAGCAUCCGCAUCCCCAGCAGCUACGUCUGGCGGCCUGACAUCAUCCUCUACAACAACGCCGACGAGCACUUCGGGGGCUCCAUGGAGACCAACGUGGUGCUGCGCUCGGACGGGCUCAUCAUGUGGGACUCGCCUGCCAUCACCAAGAGCUCCUGCAAGGUGGACGUGUCCUACUUCCCCUUCGACGGGCAGCGCUGCCGCCUCACCUUCGGCUCCUGGACCUACAACGGGAACCAGAUCGACCUCCGCAACCGCCUGGACAGCGGGGACCUGACGGACUUUGUGGAGAACGUGGAGUGGGAGGUGCUGGGCAUGCCGGCCACCAGGAACGUCGUCACCUACGGCUGCUGCUCCGAGCCCUACCCCGACGUCACCUACACGCUGCUGCUGCGCCGCCGCGCCUCCUUCUACAUCUUCAACCUGCUCCUGCCCUGCAUCAUGGUCUCCUUCCUGGCGCCCCUCGGCUUCUACCUGCCCGCAGACUCGGGGGAGAAGGUGUCGCUGGGGGUGACGGUGCUGCUGGCCCUCACCGUGUUCCAGCUGCUGGUGGCGGAGAGCAUGCCGCCCUCGGAGAGCGUCCCGCUCAUCGGGAAGUACUACAUCGCCACCAUGACCAUGAUCACGGCCUCCACGGCGCUGACCAUCUUCAUCAUGAACAUCCACCACUGCGGGCCGGGGGCCCGGCCCGUGCCCCCCUGGGCGCGGCGGCUCAUCCUGCACCACAUGGCCCGGCUCUGCUGCGUCCACGAGGUGGGCGAGAGCUGCAAGAGCCCCCCGCGGGCGCCGGGAGGGCGGGGGAACGGGGGGGACGGCGCCGGGGGGCCGUGGGAGAGCCCCGGGCAGGGGGAGGUGGGGGCCGAGGCCGGGGGCUGCCCCCGGGGCCGCUGCCCGUGCCACCACGACGCCCUGCUGAGGAACGUGGGGUACAUCGCCGGCUGCUUCCGCCGCCACCGCGCCAACCAGCGCCGCGCCGGCGACUGGAAGAGGGUGGCCAAGGUCACGGAUCGGUUCUUCAUGUGGAUCUUCUUCCUCAUGGUCUUCCUCAUGAGCGUGCUGGUCCUGGGCAACGCUGCCUGACGGAACCACCACCCCCAGGCACCCCCUGCCCAUGACCUACUCGGGGGUGCCCAAGGAGGGCAGCGCAUCCCAAAGUGCCCCCGGGCCCCCUCGGAGCCCCACAGGGUGGGAG